AUGAUGCUAAGCGGUUGGUUAACAAAUUUGCAAUAUUAUGUAAUAAUACCUGAAAUAGUAUAUCUUUCGGAAUUAUUUCCACAUAUUGCGGUUGAUUCAAGUACAGCAGCUACGUUACCAUUAGCAAAUGAAGUUCGAGAUCAGGCUAGUUAUUAUCAUGCUUUUUGUGCUUGUUUAUUACCAAAUAAUUCCAAUUAUUUAUAUGCUGCUGUUUUACAUUUACCCAAAAAUCCAAAAUUAUAUUUUGGCAAACUUUUAAACAUACAAAAAUUACAUCAAAGUUUUGAGGAUUCUGGUGAAGCUACUAAAGAUGACAGAAAAAUCCGGAAUGAUCCAUGCUCAGUUAUCCGGCAAACAAUCAAUGUAUUAAACAAAUGGAUAACAAAAAUAUUUUUUUUUGAAAAAGUUGUCAAACAUAUUAUAUUGAUAAAUGAUCGUACUGAUCAAUGUAUAAUACCUAAAGAUUUGCAUAGAACUUAUCAUAAAGGCCAAAAGCCGCUAAUUCGUUGGCUUAUUGAUAAAAUAAUUGUUGAUGUGACAAUGACAAAAAUGUCACAUUGGUCACAUUGGCAGUAUGAAUUAGAACGAAAAGAUAAUAUUGGUGAGCAAUUAAAAGAUAGGAAAAAUCGAAAUAUUUUUGAGGGAACUCGUUUAUUACUAUCACAUGCAAUUAUUGAUCAAACAAAAAAUGAAUUUGUCAACAAAACGAUAAUCAAAAAAUCACUAAUGGAAUUUUUACGAGAACUAAUAGUUGAAUCAAUUGUUGCUGAUGCAAUAUUUAGCAUGGAUUUAACAAAUAAUUGGAUUAAAUAUGAUUUUGAUGAUUUUAAAAAACCUCCGCAAUCAUUAAUAAUAUUUCAAGGCUGGACAUGGUUGCUUAAUCUUUUACGCAUAAUGUUUUUUAUUGUUGGAGCAUUUGUUAUGCUAAUAACAACAUGCGCAAUAUGCGGUUUUGCAUGCAUACUAUCAUCCAUUUUGCGCGACGAUUAUUUUCGUCGACGACAAAGACGAGAACAAGAUGAAGAAUUGCGCAUUUUACAAGAGCGCUUUUAUGAAGCUGGAAUGAAUAUUCACUUUAAUGCAUUCAAUGAUCCACCACCACAAUUUGAUAGACAAAGUAAUAGUGAAACAAAUACAGCUAUUGAACAGUUAAGUACAAUAUCAGAAGAUGAUUUAACUCAGUCAGAUACAAGUACAUCAUUAGAAAUAAUUUAUCCCAAAGUGACACUUUCAUUAACACCAAAACAGGUUGCAUUGUGCGACAAAGAUGACAGCAAAACGGAAACAAUCAUUGAAACAUGUCGAAGUCAUACUGAAAUCAUACUGAAUGAUUAA